GCACGUUAUAAUGGUGUGUGCGCGGACAGCGCGAGCUCACACACACACGUCCCCAUCCACAGUCCGGCGGGAAAGGCGCGCGCGCAGCUGAAUGAAACGGAGCGCAUGGAGCACGCGCACGGACUCUGACAGCCGAACUUGUGAAGAUAACGGCACGAGCCGCGGAAACUGCAUUCGCUUAUUGGUUACGAAGAAUAAUUUGUGUUUGACACCAGGAGUGCAGCGAUGCUGGCGCGUGGGGCUCGAGCGUCCUUCCACGAGCUUUCUUGUCUAAUCUCGGUUAGUCUAAUCUUGUCUGAUUUUCUUUGCGGAAUCGUUGCUUUCAACUUGGAUUUGGAAAAGCCCGCUGUGUACAGUGGACCCACCGGGAGCUACUUUGGAUACUCCGUGGACUUUUACCACCCGACGCAGGACAGGAGCGCUGUGUCAGUGCUGGUCGGGGCUCCCAAAGCCAACACCACCCAGCCCGGGAUUGUGGAGGGCGGUGCGGUUUAUUACUGCUCCUGGCCCCCGUCUGAGCAGAACUCAUGCCGCGAGAUCCCUUUCGAUAAAGCAAAUAACAGGAUGGUUAAAGUGAAUGGGACACGGGAGUCGUUGGAGUUCAAAUCCCACCAGUGGUUUGGAGCUACUGUCCGAACACACAGGGGUAAAGUAGUGGCCUGUGCGCCUCUGUAUCAUUGGCGAACAGUGAAGAUCAGCGGUGAGAUGGAUCCAGUGGGCACGUGCUAUGUUGCUGUGCAGAACUUCAGUGCCUAUGCAGAGUACUCUCCUUGCAGAACAAAUAAUCCAGACCCUGAAGGACAGGGCUUCUGUCAGGCCGGCUUCAGCGUGGACUUCACUAAGGACGGGACAUUAGUACUAGGAGGACCAGGGAGCUUCUACUGGCAAGGUCAAGUCAUCACUGCAGGAGUAGCGGAAAUCUUGAAUGGCUACUCUUUGAAGGCAAUACUCCGGAAGGUGCAGGGAGAGAAACAGACAGCAGCCGCUUCAGACGUCUAUGAUGACAGCUACCUGGGAUACUCUGUAGCUGUGGGAGAGUUCACCGGUGAUUCACAGCAAGAGUUGGUAGCAGGAGUUCCACGAGGAGCGCAGAACUUCGGUUAUGUUGCUGUGAUAAACUCCACAAAUCUCACCCUCAUUCAGAAUUUUACUGGAGAGCAGAUGGCUUCAUAUUUUGGAUACACUGUGGCAGUGACAGACAUUAAUGGAGACGGGUUGGAUGAUGUUCUGGUCGGAGCUCCUCUGUAUAUGGAUCGGGAGUUUGAGAGUAAGCCACGAGAGGUGGGCCGGGUUUACCUCUACCUACAGGAGGACACACUCCUCUUCUCACCUCCCAUAACACUCACCGGUAUACACCUGUUCGGACGCUACGGUAGCGCCAUCGCUCCUCUUGGAGACAUCAAUCAGGAUGGUUACCUGGAUGUGGCAGUGGGAGCUCCGUUUGCAGGCGAGGACCGCAGCGGUUGUGUGUUUAUCUAUAACGGUGAGAGGUCUGGCUUGAGGCUGAAGCCCUCACAGGUGCUCAAAGGAUCUUGGGCUACGACUGGUAUCCCAGCAGGCUUUGGGUUUACGCUGCGUGGGGACUCAGAUCUGGACAACAACCAGUACCCUGAUCUAAUUGUUGGUGCUUUUGGAGCUGACAAAGUGGUGGUGUACAGAGCAAGACCUGUGAUUACAGUGGACGCUCAGCUCAUCCUAACUCCCAAAAUCCUCAACCCGGAGAACAAGACCUGCCUCAUGCCCAACUCGAAUAUCAUGGUUCCCUGCCUGAGAGUGGACGUCUGCGCUAAAGUCUCUGGUACUGGAAUCCCAGACGUCGUUGUUCUGAACAUGGAGCUGCAGUUGGACUCGCUAAAGCAGCGAGGCGCUGUGAAGCGGGUUAUGUUCCUCGACUCACAUCAGCACCACCGCUCGCUGCAGAUGUUUCUGGGCCAGCGAGAACGGCAACAAUGUCUCAACCACACCAUCUACCUGCGGGAUGAGACUGAAUUUAGAGAUAAGCUGAGUCCUAUCAGUGUAGCUCUGAACUACAGUCUGGAUCAGACGUCUCCUUUAUCUGGCCUCCAGCUACGACCCAUACUGGACCAUUACAGCAUGACCUUGCACCAUGAACAGGCAAACAUCUUGUUGGACUGUGGAGAGGACAACAUGUGUGUCCCAGAUCUUGAGCUCACUGCUAAAAUUCCUGCACUACGGGACGAUAGUGAUGCUAAGCAUCAUGACCUACAGAUUCUGAAUUGUGAGCACAGGAUGGAAAAUGAAACCCAGUUGGUUGUGUGUGAAUUAGGAAACCCAAUGGUGGCUGGAGCAAAUGUGUCUAUUGGUUUGCGAUUCUCUGUCCAGAGGUUAGAAGACGCUGAAGCUCAAAUUGGCUUUGAGCUGCAGAUACACAGCACCAAUAAAGAUAACCCGAAGAGUAACCCUGUGAAUUUAACUCUCAACAUCGUCGCACGAGCGGAGGUGGACAUCAGAGGUGUCUCUCUCCCAGCUCAAGUAGUUCUUCCUUUUCCUCACUGGGAGCCCAAAGAGAACCCAGUCAGAGAGGAUGAUAUUGGGCCUCAGAUCCAGCAUAUCUACGAGCUGUAUAAUAAAGGUCCAAGUUCUGUGAGUGGCACAAUUUUGGAGGUAGGAUGGCCCAGUCGUCAUCGAGAAGAGCAUUUGCUGUAUGCCAUGGAGAUCAUCACUGAUGGACCGAUUCACUGCCACAUCAACGGCUCGCUUAACCCACUAGACCUUGAGACGUCCACUUUGCAAGACACUCCAGAGCUGCUGGGUUUUCUGCGCAACAGCAGCGGGCCGACUCGUCGCAGGAGAUCUGUUACCACUACACAGAGCUACAGCAGCAAAACACUGAAUUGCUCUAAUAUCCAUUGCCUGAUGCUUGAGUGCAUUGUGGGCCGUUUGGAUCAAGGACAGAGUGCAGUGGUCAAAGUCCGGUCAAGGCUCUGGGCUCACACCUUUCUACAGAGGCGGAAUGACCACUACCUCGUCAACUCUACCGUGUACUUCAGAGUAACAGGCAUGCCGUACCGCAUCAAACCACAUACCCUGCCACAGCAGAGUAACUCGAUCGGUACGUAUGUGGUAUGGGCAAUUCCUGAUCUGUCCUUUGCCAUUCCUCUAUGGGUGAUUAUUCUGGCCAUCCUACUGGGACUGCUGGUGCUCGCCUUUCUAACCUUGGUUAUGUGGAAGUGUGGGUUUUUUGAUCGAGCACGACCACCGAAAGAUGACGACGUCUCGGACCGGGAGCAGCUGACAGCCGAGAAAUCGACAGAAGCGUAAAAGAGAGAAGAGGGAAAACAAGAAUGUGGAAGAAAUAUCCAUGAAGACGGUGAAUGAUCUUUGAUAGAGGGAUUUGGGGCAUGUCAAGAGCGCCUGAACUAGCGAUCCGACCCUCUCUCCCAUGCUGCACUGGGAUCUGUGACCUGGGUCACACUGUUCAUGGAAAACUUUAUUCGAAUCAGGCAGCGCGUGGGUUUCUGGAUAUGAGGUGCCUUUUCUCGGAUCCCUCUAGGGCUGUGAAAAGAGAACCAACAGUUAAGGACAGCAAGAGAGAAAUCCUGAUUUUUUGCGUCAUAAACACUAAAGACAAUCAUCACACACCCUGAGACUGAAGGAUGCACGCUGGGAAAACAGGAUUUCUCUUAAAAGCACAGCUCACUUUGCCUUAAAGAACUGUAACACUGCUGAGAGUUUCUAUGAGCUGUAAGAUGAGCUUUUCCAAACCUUAUUUUCAACUGAUUUUGCAGAUCUUAAAAUCUUCUGUGUGCCUAUAGCCCCCGACACACACACACACACACACAUUACUCCUGUAAAUGAAAAACACAGCAUCCAAAUAAGAACACUGAAUACCAUGGAAUAUUGACUAGGACAUUUUUGGGGGAAUAAAACCCACACACUUUAAAAAGGCUAAAUCUAAAGCCAUUCAGGGUUCUUUGAUUUGUGGCUCUGGGGAAAUAUAAAAAGGUUUUAUAUAGAACUUACAUAUACGCAAUAGCAGUGUUUGUCUAGCAUUGAGAAAGAUGGAAUCAAGAACCACUAAAAACCUUAAGAAACCUUUUUUUUGGCUAAAAUCUUCCAUCUGUGUUCUAAGAAUACGUAACAGUUUUACCCUGUAAUGAUUUUAUUUGCAAUAUAUUUAAUUAGAGCAUGUAUUUUACAAUACCAGCUGAACAUUUCACAUCACAGGAGUAGUAUAUGAAUUGAUAAGUAUGUGCAAUAUUGCAAUAUGUUUGUUGUUUUUGUUGGGAUUUUUUUUUUUUUUUUUUUUUUUUUUUUAAAUGCUAAAAUCAUUUGUACACUGGCUCCUAUUUUGUUUUUUGAACUUGAGGUUCAGGUUAUUUUGUAUAUAAAGUUAAAAGAGAAUUAUUUUUAAGCUGUAUGAUUGAUGGAUGGAUGAUGGGUGCCAAUAUAAAAAAGGGAAUCAUGAUAUACUUUUUCACUGUUCAUUCUUUCAAUGGAUAAUAACUUCACAUUCUGAUUUAGGUUUUAUAUCACAGACUGAAUAAUUGGCCCCAAAAUUAUUUGUUAUUAUGAUCAAGUCAGCAGCGUCACCUUUGUUUGUUUUUUUUUUAUCAUUAUUGUUUUAUUAUAAAUUACCAACAUAAAAUAUAUGCAGUGACAUUUUGGCGAAUAUACAAAAUUCAAGACGUACCUAAACUAAACUGUCGUUACCUCUGACUGAGAACUUUGUUGGUACCUGAACAGUUUUGCUUGCCACUGAUUGUAACUGUACGGUUAAUGAAGAACCAAAAUGCAUUUCUAGUCAAGAAAUAUUAAUGUCACCUGCUAAUAAAUUUUGUAUUUAACUUUU